GACAAGCGGUGUGACUGUGUGUGUUUCUAUAGAAACGGCUCCAACACCUGCCCUCCCGUGACACCUCGGCGCGGUAUGAUACACACGAGACUUCUACCGUCACCUGGGCAUAACGGGGCACGCAGCCUGACUCUCUGCAUGUGCCUUUUUAUGAAGUUGUACCCGUUACAUUCAGAAACAUUUUGUACCAGGAAGUAUUUACCUGGAUAGCAUGCACGCUGCAAGAACUCAGCUAACUUCAAAGUAGCAUCACUUUCGUUCAGGUUGGACUAUUUUAUGCGAAGUUCAAGAUGCUCAUUUGAAAAUGUGGACUGAAUGGACCUAAAAUAUCCGGUAAUGGCGUAUCGAUAAUGUCGACCGUCCUAUCCUGUAACAGAAGUGGUCAACUACGUUGAAAUCGGAUGCAUUUUUAUUUGUGUGGGGUAAUGAUCUAGCACAGCCUUCGAUACUUUCACCCCGAUCGUCAUGAACUCUGAAAAGCCCCGUUUUCUAUCGCAACCUGUUGUGAAGAACAUAUUCGUGUAUCGAAACGGAGAUCCGUUUUACGAGGCUCGCCGGUUAGUGGUAAACCAAAAGAGAGUGUCCAAUUUUGAUACUUUUCUUCGAGAUGUGACGGGGGGUGUGCAGGCUCCGUUUGGAGCGGUUCGGAACAUCUACACCCCUAGAAUGGGCCAUCGGGUGGCCUGCCUGGACCAUCUACAGAGCGGGGAACAAUAUGUCGCUGCCGGGAGAGAGAAAUUCAAGAAAUUGGAUUAUUCACAGAUAGGAUCCAGAAAGAAGAGGAUGCUCCUUACUUCUUCAGGGCAGCCGUAUCCACAGGCUAAACCGGUGCCCCAGAGUCGAAUCAUUGUAUCAGCAAGAUUCCUGAAACCCAUCAAAGAGCCCUGUUCGAUUUUCGUGGUAGCGAAUGGUGAUGUGUUGACCCCCGCGUUAAGGCUGCUGAUACCCCAACGGAUACUGGGCCAAUACGACAGGGUUCUGGAGAUGAUCACUGACAAAAUGGGUUUGAGAAUCCUGGGGUGUGUACGAAGCCUUUACACCUUUGAUGGAAAUCAUGUGAACGAGGGAAAGGACUUGGAGACUGGCCAGUUUUAUGUGGCUGUUGGGAGAGACAAGUUUAAAAGACUUCCCUACAGUGACCUUCUGUUCACCAAACCAAGGGGAAUACGAAGGACGACAGGAUCCAAAGCUUCCUCAUUACCGCCCAUAUACACAUCUGGAAAGCAGAACAGAAACAGUUUGACGGUGCACCACAGUAAGUCUAUGUGGCAGUGCAGAGAGCCAGCAGACGCCAAGAUAUCUGCGCAUGAUACGGACCGCACGUCGUCCAUCGUCAGGCAGAUCUCCCAGCAGAGACUCAUGAUCCUCAGGAAGAGGAGGAGUGGUCUCAGUAUCUCCCUGGGAACACAGGACAACGACGGGGCGGUGCAGACUGAUGAAGGCCCUUUAGAGGAUGCAGACCUGUCUCCACAGAGUGACCUGUCCACUGAAGAGAAGCCAACAGAGGACAGUAAAUCUACUGACACAGAGGAGAGUCCAGAGGGAGAAAAAGGUGAAGAGGAGGAGACUGCAGUAGCUGAGAACUCCACCGAGGAACAAGGUGAUGACAAGGAAGAUGUUACUAAAACCACAGAGGAACAAGGUGAUGACAACGAAGAUAUUACUAAAACCACCGAGGAACAAGGUGAUAACAACGAAGAUAUUACUAAAACCACAGAGGAACAAGGUGAUGACAACGAAGAUAUUACUAAAACCACCGAGGAACAAGGUGAUGACAACGAAGAUAUUACUAAAACCACAGAGGAACAAGGUGAUAACAACGAAGAUAUUACUAAAACCACAGAGGAACAAGGUGAUGACAACGAAGAUAUUACUAAAACCACAGAGGAACAAGGUGAUAAUAACGAAGAUAUUACUAAAACCACCGAGGAACAAGGUGAUAAUAACGAAGAUAUUACUAAAACCACAGAGGAACAAGGUGAUGACAACGAAGAUAUUACUAAAACCACAGAGGAACAAGGUGAUGACAAGGAAGAUGUUACUAAAACCACAGAGGAACAAGGUGGUGACAAGGAAGAUGUUACUAAAACCACAGAGGAACAAGGUGGUGACAAGGAAGAUGUUACUAAAACCACAGAGGAACAAGGUGAUGACAAGGAAGAUGUUACUAAAACCACAGAGGAACAAGGUGAUAACAAGGAAGAUGUUACUAAAACCACCGAGGAACAAGGUGAUAAUAACGAAGAUAUUACUAAAACCACAGAGGAACAAGGUGAUAAUAACGAAGAUAUUACUAAAACCACAGAGGAACAAGGUGAUAACAAGGAAGAUAUUACUAAGAGGAUUACCACAGAGGAACAAGGUGAUAACAACGAAGAUAUUACUAUAACCACAGAGGAGGACUCAGACAGUGUGGUUGGUGAGAAGAGCCUGGAGACAAAGCUACAGGGAAGUCUGGAGAACCUGGUCCUGAAGAAAUGAAGGAUGGAGAGGGGAAGGGGAGAGAGAGAGAAGGAAGAUGAGGCACCGGAUAAAGCUGAGAAGGUUGGAGAAGCAGGGGAUGACGGUCCGUCUUCAACAGAUGGAAAAGAGUAGAAAGAGAAAGUGGAUAGAGGAAGACGAGAUGAAUCAUACCAUGUGGAAAAGAAAGAUGAGGAGGAAGUAGACAAGGAACAUGGAACUGAGACAGAUUCUGAGACAGAAGAGGGAGGAAGUAGAUAAGAAACCUGGAACUGAGACAGAUUCUGAGACAGAGGAGGGAGGAAGUAGAUAAGAAACCUGGAACUGAGACAGAUUCUGAGACAGAGGAGGGAGGAAGUAGACAAGGAACCUGGAACUGAGACAGAUUCUGAGACAGAGGAGGGAGGAAGUAGACAAGGAACCUGGAACUGAGACAGAUUCUGAGACAGAGGAGGGAGGAAGUAGACAAGGAACCUGGAACUGAGACAGAUUCUGAGACAGAGGAGGGAGGAAGUAGACAAGGAACAUGGAACUGAGACAGAUUUUGAGACAGAGGAGGGAGGAAGUAGAUAAGGAACCUGGAACUGAGACAGAUUUUGAGACAGAGGAGGGAGGAAGUAGAUAAGGAACCUGGAACUGAGACAGAUUUUGAGACAGAGGAGGGAGGAAGUAGAUAAGGAACCUGGAACUGAGACAGAUUUUGAGAUAGAAGAGGGAGGAAGUAGAUAAGGAACCUGGAACUGAGACAGAGGAGGGAGGAAGUAGAUAAGAAACCUGGAACUGAGACAGAUUCUGAGACAGAGGAGGGAGGAAGUAGAUAAGAAACCUGGAACUGAGACAGAUUCUGAGACAGAGGAGGGAGGAAGUAGAUAAGGAACCUGGAACUGAGACAGAUUCUGAGACAGAGGAGGGAGGAAGUAGAUAAGGAACCUGGAACUGAGACAGAUUCUGAGACAGAAGAGGGAGGAAGUAGAUAAGGAACCUGGAACUGAGACAGAUUCUGAGACAGAGGAGGGAGGAAGUAGAUAAGGAACCUGGAACUGAGACAGAUUUUGAGAUAGAAGA